GAACAUUGAGAAUGUAGCAUUUUUUAAAUAAGAUAUUCACACAUCAGAUGUUUUAAUAAGGAUACGAGGUCAGCCGAAGAAUGCCGAUCUUUUCACCUGAAACAACAUGUCUGCCCCCAUGGCUUCAAGGAUUGGGAAGUACCUCAUCUUGUCCAGGCAAUUUAUAAACAGAGGGCAUGUUCUCAGCAGCAAUGCUCAAAUAAUCCCAGUGCGGUUUAAGACUAAACAAGACAAAGGGAAAGACAAAGGCGGGGAGAAAAGUAGAUGGAUGAUACGGCAAGAGGAAAAGAGGAAAAAACUGAAGGCAGAAAAGAAAAAAGAGAAGUCAGAAUCUACCUUAAAAUUUGGUGCUUUGGAAUGCCCUUACCCUAAUGAAAUGUAUAAGAAAAGAAUACCUGUCGAUCCUGUCUGGUCGCCACGUCACUAUCCAGUGCAGUUCAGCACACAUAGUGUAGAAAAAAGCUUAGAAAUGCACAGGGAACUGGCAGAUCCUUCCAUGAUGGAUGACAUGAAUAAAUAUGUUCACCUGGAGUUGAGAUUUGAUACGGAAAUUACAAAAGAAGUCAUGGUAAAAGGUGGAAAAAAAGAAACUAAGGUAUCCUAUCUUGAAAGCAUAAGUGAUUACUUGAAAUUCCCUCACAUGUUUGAAACAAAAGAGAAGCGGCGAGUAAUGGUUUUUUGCAAGCCUGAAGAAGUAGAGCUGGCCCUGAGCAAUGGAGCAGAGAUUGCUGGUGGAAAAGAAUUAGCAGAUCAGACAGUGGUCUUGCCAUUUGCAACGGUAUUUGGCGCAAUUUCAGUCAGGUUUCGUCGUCUGCUUCUGAACACGUGGUGUCAUGGCGGACGAAACUACAUGUAG